ACGACGCGAUUAACAGACAGCGAUUGCAGAUCCGCCCGAGUCGAGUAUCGAUAAGAUGGAGGUGUGCAUCAACAUGCGCGUCUUCAAGGCGCUUAUCUUGGUGAACGCGCUGCUGGUGAUGGGCCUCGAGGCGAAUCCCCUGCUGCAGCAUUCCCGCGAGCGAGAGUCGAAGCCCGGCUACAACGAUAACCCGGAGGCCGAUUCGAAGAAGGAGCUGUCGAGCGACCAUUACGACCAGCGCCAGAACGGCACGGAAAAUUACAGAGUCAAGGUUGACGGUUUGGUGUUCAUCUUAGCCCCUGCGGACAGUCUCUUAUUGGCCGGCGCAGCACUCGAGCCGAACUUUACUUCGUUGUUCUCGGAGAGCGGCAAACCGAAGCCGAAGCUAGAGAAGGAUUAUGCGCCAAAAGCGAAGGACGACAAAGUAGAGGCGCUCAAAUCAACUCAGCAGGAUCACGCGCACAUGGCUCACAAGUACGAUGAAACUUAACUCUAACUGGCCCUC